GAUAAAAUUUUGUCAAAAAUCAAGAAAUUCUUCACUUUUCUGCGUUGAUGCCCGAUUUUUUUAAAAAUUUCAAAAAUAUUUAAUCAAUUUUUGGUGAAAUCAUUCAAAUAAAAGCUCAAAUUUUCGUUCCUCGACCAAAAUGAAGACCCGGUUCAACACAUUUGACAUCGUUUGCCAAGUCACUGAUUUGCAGAGACUUGUUGGCAUGCGAGUCAACCAAAUCUACGACGUGGACAACAAAACGUAUCUCAUCCGUUUCCAUCGCAACGAGGAAAAAUCCGUGCUUUUGCUCGAGUCGGGCAUCCGUUUUCACACGACAAACUUUGAAUGGCCUCACGGCGUCGCGCCUUCCGGUUUCACGAUGAAAAUGCGAAAACAUCUCAAAAACAAACGUCUCGAGAAAUUAUCGCAACUGGGCGUCGAUCGAAUCAUCGACUUGCAAUUCGGCACAGGCGAGGCCGCAUAUCACAUCAUUGUCGAGAUGUACGAUCGCGGCAACAUCGUUUUGUGCGAUCACGAGUACAUGAUUUUGAACAUUUUGCGAUAUCACAUCGACUCGGAUGUCGUGAAAUUCGCUGUAAAAGAGAAAUAUCCGCUCCAUUUGGCUCGUCAGUACGAAGGAGUGCCAAGUGUUCAAAAAUUGAAGGAAGUUCUGGCAGCGGGAAGAGCUGGAGACUCAUUACGAACCGUUUUGAACCCCGUUUUACCGUAUGGCGCAUCGUUAAUUGAUCACGUAUUGACCAAACAUGACCUCAUUUUGUGUCGUAUCAAAGGAAAUUCCGCGGAAAAUGAUGAAAAAACCGACGAAACACAUAAAAAGAAGCAAAAAAAGAACAAAAAGAAGGAUCAAUUACUCCCGACGAAGGAUUUUGACAUGCAAAAUGACCUAAAUUCACUGCUAAAUGCCAUCAACGACGCGGAUUUGUUGUUAAAACAAGCAAUGGAGACCCCAUCUGAGGGAUUUUUGAUCCAAAAAAAGGAGCAAAAACCAAUUGUGAAAGAAGGCGAGGACGAAUUCUACUACACGAACCUCGAAUAUCAGCCAAUGUUGUACGCGCAAUACGAAAAUGAGCCUUUUAAACGUUUGCCCACGUUCGACGCGAGCAUCGACGAGUUCUAUUCCGAGCUGGAAGGGCAGCGAAUCGACAAUAAAGCGUUCCAAACGGAAAAAGAAGCUCUCAAAAAGCUGUCAAAUGUCAAAGAUGACCAUGCCAAGCGUGUUCAGGACCUUUCCAAGUCGCAACAAGAUGACAUCAUGAAAGGAGAAUUAAUUACACGAAACCAGGAACUCGUGGAUCGAGCAAUUUUGGCGAUUCGCAGCGCUUUGGCGAAUCAAAUGUCCUGGAGUGACAUCCAAGAACUCGUUAAAGCGGCGCAAACGAACGGAGAUGAAGUCGCAAAAGCCAUUAAACAACUGAAAUUGGAGAUAAAUCAUGUGGCCUUGAGUUUAACGGAUCCCUAUUCGCAUCCGGGGUCCGAUGGAGAGGAGGAUGGCUUGAAACCGAUGACAAUUGACAUCGAUUUGGGACUUUCUGCCUUUGCCAAUGCCCGAAAGUACUACGAUAUGAAGCGAAGUGCCGCGAUAAAGGAGAAAAAAACCAUCGAUGCUUCCGAAAAAGCGAUGAAAAACGCCGAAAGACGAACCCAGACAGCUCUCAAGCAGUUGAGGACCCAAACAAAAAUCUCAAAAGCCCGAAAAACGUAUUGGUUUGAGAAAUUCUACUGGUUUAUAAGUUCGGAAAAUUAUCUCGUAAUUGGCGGACGAGAUCAGCAACAGAACGAAGUCAUCGUAAAACGUUACAUGAAACCGCAUGACGUUUAUGUUCAUGCCGAAAUCCAAGGUGCCUCGUCGGUGAUCAUCAAAAACCCAACAGGCGAAGAAGUUCCGCCGAAAACUCUUUUGGAAGCUGGGACAAUGGCAAUUUCCUACAGCGUUGCAUGGGAUGCGAAAAUCGUAACAAGCGCUUAUUGGGUAAAAGGCGAUCAAGUGAGCAAAACGGCGCCAACGGGAGAAUAUCUCGCUACCGGAAGUUUCAUGAUCCGCGGAAAACGUAAUUUUUUGCCGCCAUGCAAUUUAAUCCUUGGAUUGUCAUUUUUGUUCAAACUUGAGGAAGGCUCCGUCGAACGACACAAAAAUGAGAGACGCGUUCGUACCUUUGACGAAGAAAAAGCGGAUGCUGCUGACUUGGCACAUGCUGCCAAAGAAGAAGACGACACGGAAAUUGAUUUGUCGAAGGAAAGUGACACCGAAGAAAUCACUCAAACCGAAGAAAAAAUCGAAAAAUUAGAAAUUUCCGACAAAAAAGAGGCGGAAAAUGAAGAAAUUGAGUUCCCCGAUACGCAAGUUAGCAUCAAACAUGACUUUGCACGUCAAGAAAGCGCAUUGGCGGAAGAAAUAGUGCGCGAAAAAUUAAGUAUGUGUGAAGGAGAUGCCGAUCAAGAGUUGAUAAUUGCAUCGCAACCGGUAAAAAUCAAGCAACAAAUGAGCAAAAAAACGAAACAAGCGAAUCGGCAAGAGAAAAAAGAUAAAAAGGGCAAACAACAGGAGCAAAAAAGCAUGAAUCAAGACAAAUCUGGCGGAAAUCAACUAAAAAGAGGACAAAAAUCGAAGUUGAAGAAGAUUAAGGAGAAGUACAAGGAUCAAGAUGAGGAUGAACGACAACUGAGAAUGCAAAUUUUACAGUCGGCUGGCAACAAAAAAAUCGAAGAAGAAGUCGAUUCCGAGGACGAAUCUUCAUCAAAAACGAACCAAAAGCAACAACGACAAAAGCCCCAACCUAAUAACGCGGAUGAGGAUCUCGAUGAUACGCCAGCUGCUGCUGAAGUUGACAUGAUUGACACCUUAACAGGCCUUCCCGUGCCCGAAGAUGAGUUGCUAUUUGCUAUUCCGGUCGUUGCUCCUUAUCAAACGUUGCAAAAUUACAAGUUCAAAGUAAAACUAACGCCCGGUUCAGGUAAACGUGGAAAAGCCGCCAAAACAGCCUUGGAAAUAUUCGUUCGUGAUAAAAAUUGUUCGCAGCAUGAAAAGGACUUGCUUCGUGCUGUCAAAGAUGAGACUCUGGCAAGAAAUAUCCCGGGAAAAGUCAAGUUAUCGGCGCCACAAAUGCAUAAAGUUAAAAAAUAA